CUGGAUUUAAAUUAGAAAAUAGCCCAAUUAAGCCAAAAUUAGAGCUUUUAAGAAUUAGCAAAGGCGUCAGAUAUAAAUUUAAUAUGCCGACAUGCAUUCGUCUUAGAAGCAACCGAUUAUUCAAAAUGACAACAGUAAACAUAGCUAUUCUUUGUUUGUGCUCGCUAGCAUACGUUAAUUGUGUUUUGUAUUCAAUCAAUAUGAUCAAAGGGCCCACAGAAAAAGACUGGAAACAAUUUAAGUUAGACUUUAACAAAACCUAUGAAACCAAAGAAGAGGAACAGAAACGAUUUAAAAUCUUCAAACAAAAUUGGAUCGGCAUACAAAAACACAAUAAACGAUACACCAAAGGACAGGAAAGCUAUUCGCAAGCCGUUAACGCCUUCGCAGAUUUAAGCGAAAAUGAAUUUUCCGAGUUCUACGGCUUACGCGCUAAUGAAAUUAUUGUAAAAUACAGUCAGAAUGUAACAGUAAACAGAACGCUACAAAAUAACGAUAACAAUACAGACGAAUCUUGGGAUUGGAGAGAUGCUGGAGCAGUCACCGCGCCCCAAGACCAAGGACAAUGCGGAUCCUGUUGGGUUUUUUGCGCAGUAGGCCUGCUGGAAAGUUACUAUUUCCGAGCCACCAAUGAACUCCUGGACUUCAGCGAGCAAUACGUAAUCGAUUGCAUCUCUAAUUCGAGCUGUGCCGGAGGAACUCCGAUAUCGGCGUUGCAAUUCGCUAAAGACAACGGCGUUAUUCUGGAGAGCGAGUAUCCGUACAACGCGAAACAAAACGAAUGUCCCAUCGCCAGAUUAUCUCCGUUAAGGAUCCGCUUCGAGAACGCUCACGUGAUUUUCGGCAACGACGAGGAAUUAAAGGACGAAAUUAAAAAAACGGGUCCUUUGGGCGUUUGCUUGUAUGCUUCGUCUAAGUGGAUGUUUUACAAGAGCGGUGUUUGGUAUCAUAAUGAAUGUUCAUCGGAGGUGAACCAUUGUGUAUUGUUGGUUGGAUAUGGAACGGAAAACGGCAAUGACUAUUGGAUAUUCAAAAACUCAUGGGGACAAUUUUGGGGAGACGAUGGUUACAUCAAAUUUGCCAGGAAUAGACAUGAGAAUUAUUGUGGUAUUCAAUACGGAUUGUAUUUGAAAUAAGAAAAGAAACCACUUUUGUUUUAGUUUAUUACAUUUUGUAUUUUAAUAUAGGUACCUAAAUUUA